AAAAAUGUUUUAUCUGACUUUUCUGACCUGUUUCCGUGAUAGCGAUCCAGCUCUUCUCUUGUAGUCUUGUGUACAUUUUUUGUGUUCUUACUUCUUAGCAAAUUACGACUAGACGUUGAGUGAAGGAAAUUCACGUAGAGCCCAGGAUGUAUAUUGUGCAAUAACCGUAUGAUGGAAUGGCGGAAGAGGAGUUUGAUAGGCAGUUGAUGUGCGAUGAACCUGAAGUGAUACAAAAAGUCAUCGACAUUUCAUCACAAAUGUUGAUCAGCUUGAGGAAUCUUUGCGAGACUCGCGCAGAACUUACUCAACAUGAAAUUAGAACUCUAGAAGGUAAACUAGUGAAGUUGUUUUCAGUGCAGUUAAAUAAUAGGCAUAAAAAUCCAGGGCGGUUUGAUUGUCAAAAACUUAGAAACUCACCAUCAAUAAAUCAAUGGCUGGAAGUUGUAGGACUUAGUACACUUUCUGUACAAAGAAUAUGUGAAAAUAUCAGCUCUAUUGAAGCAUUAUUGUUAAAGUCUGAGAAUGAAUUAAAAUCAAUUCUUCCAGAAUACUCUCUCAAGGAUGAAGAACUUAGACGAUUAACUAGAGCAUCCUAUAAUUUGAAAAAAUAUAGUGAAACUAUAAGGCCACCUUUAACCCCUACUUUAUUUAAUCAUAAUAAUAGAACCAGUGAUAGUCCUAUUUCUAAAUUAACAUCACCAAAAAGUCGACGGAAUUUAAAUCCCGAUGUAGUUUUUUCUAAUGGUUUAACAACGCCACAAUCUCCAAAACCUUUAGUUCCUGAUAUUUGUGUUAAAACUGGUCACAAUUUUUCAAAUUUACUGCCUAUGCUUGGUUAUUGUGAACAAUGUUCUGUACGAGUAUUUGUGGGUGUUAAGUGUAAAAUUUGUAAAUUUCGAUAUCAUAAGGGCUGUUUGUCAAAAGUUCCAUUACAUUGUACGAAGAAUGCUGCAACAGAUGAUAAUGACUCAACUCUUGAUGAGCUAAUAAGUUCAUCAGCUAAUCAUUCUCCUAAUUUUAAUCGCCCUACUUCACACAAGACUUCUUCUUCAUUAUUAUCAAAGAGAAAAACUAGAAUACCAUCUAUAAAUUCAAUACCAGUUUCUUCUAAAAGUGGUGGAGCUGAAUCUAGUUCUGCCCCAUCUAGUACAAAUAGUUCAACACCUUCAAGUCCUGCUCUAGUCAAUACCAGACAAACACAUAUUUCUUCUUUACCAACACCAGCUAUUACUCAUGAACAAUUCAACUAUCCUGACACCCCCAUAUAUUCACAAGAAUUACAGAAAAAUCAAUGUAGAUUUAUUGAAUCAAGGUGUGGGAGUACAGAUUCAGAACAAACAUCAAUUAGAAUGGAUUCUUCCGAAGCUCAAAAUUGGGAUACCGAUGAAAUGGAAACAAGAGGUUGGCCAAGACAAAAUAGCCUAUCUCUUCAAGAAUGGGACAUACCUUGGGACGAAUUAAACAUGUGUGACAAAUUAGGAGAAGGCCAUUUUGGUACUGUAUAUAGUGGAAAUUGGCAUGGACCAGUUGCUAUCAAAGUAAUAAAUAUGGACUACUUAGAUUAUGAAAAAACUUUAGAAGCAUUCAAAGCUGAAGUGGCUACCUUUCGUAAAACUCGUCAUGAAAAUCUUAUUUUAUUUAUGGGUGCCUGUAUGAAGCUUCCUAGAUUAGCCAUUGUAACAAGUCUUGCAAAUGGUAUGACAUUGUACAGACAUAUACAUGUGCUCAAAGAUAAAUUUAAUAUGAGUCGCACCACAAUGGUUGCUCAACAAAUAUCACAGGGUAUGGGAUAUUUACAUGCGAAAGGUAUUAUACAUAAAGACCUUAGAAGUAAAAAUAUAUUCUUAGAAAAUGGGAAAGUCAUAAUUACAGAUUUUGGUUUAUUCAGUGUUACUAGAUUAUGUUUUCGCAACCGGACCCAAGAUGGUCUCAUUGUGCCACCAGGCUGGCUAUGUUAUUUAGCACCAGAACUAGUUCGUAAUUUGCGUGUUCACCAAAGACCCGAGGAAGAAGAUUUACCAUUUAGUAAAGCAUCAGAUGUUUAUGCUUUUGGAACCGUUUGGUAUGAGUUAUUAUGUGGUGAAUGGCCAUUCAAAUCAGCCAGUCCAGAAGUUAUUAUUUGGAACAUUGGGCGUGGUAUGAAACAAAGAUUAGCCAAUUUAGAAGCAUCUGGAGAUGUCAAAGAUAUAUUGAUGACUUGUUGGUCAUUUAACCCUGAAAAAAGACCAGAUUUUGCUCAAAUGCUUAAAACACUUGAACGAUUGCCACGUAAACGUUUAGCUCGUAGUCCAUCACAUCCAAUUCAUUUAUCAAGAUCAGCAGAAUCUAUAUUUUAAGAAAUAGUUUAACAGUAUUAUAACGUGGCUAUACCUAUGACUUUACUUAUUUAUAUGGUAUAAUAAUUAUUUGUAAUAAAACAACUUACAGAGCUCAGUUAUACAGGUAAUCUUGAUUAAAGCGCUUUAUGUAAUGCAAUUAUAUAUUUUCCAUUAUUAUUAUUAUUAUUAUUAUUAUAUUUGUUAAUUGUGUAUUAUAGUUCUAUUGUUAUCUAUUUAUGGACUGUUUGUAUAGUAUAUUCUGUUUAUAUUGUGUUGGCAGUCAAAUUUAUUUAAAUUCAUGUAAAUGUGAUACAUACACAUAUUAUAUAUACAACUUUAUGAUAUAAAACAGUAAUUACUAUUAUCCAUCUAGUAAAAAUCAAAUUAAGUAAUUUGUCUUCAAUUUAUUUAAGAAGCACUAAUAACAAUUAUUAAAAUAUUAACUUAAUAUUUUUGAAAAGCUGUUUGCACUAUUUAAAAAGUAUGCUUUAAACAAUAAUUAUAAAAUACUAUGUACAACUAUCAAACAAUUGAUUAUUUAAUUUAUUUUUAAUGUAUUAUUUAUUUAGAAACAAAAAUAUGCAUGAUAAUAUUCAAUUUUGUUACCAUGAUUAAAAACAGUUAUUAUGCUUGAAUA